AUGACACAGCUUCAGAUUUCAUUAUUGCUGACAGCUACUAUAUCACUACUCCAUCUAGUAGUGGCCACGCCCUAUGAGGCAUAUCCUAUCGGAAAACAAUACCCCCCAGUGGCAAGAGUCAAUGAAUCGUUUACAUUUCAAAUUUCCAAUGAUACCUAUAAAUCGUCUGUAGACAAGACAGCUCAAAUAACAUACAAUUGCUUCGACUUACCGAGCUGGCUUUCGUUUGACUCUAGUUCUAGAACGUUCUCAGGUGAACCUUCUUCUGACUUACUAUCUGAUGCGAACACCACGUUGUAUUUCAAUGUAAUACUCGAGGGUACGGACUCUGCCGACAGCACGUCUUUGAACAAUACAUACCAAUUUGUUGUUACAAACCGUCCAUCCAUCUCGCUAUCGUCAGAUUUCAAUCUAUUGGCGUUGUUAAAAAACUAUGGUUAUACUAACGGCAAAAACGCUCUGAAACUAGAUCCUAAUGAAGUCUUCAACGUGACUUUUGACCGUUCAAUGUUCACUAACGAAGAAUCCAUUGUGUCGUAUUACGGACGUUCUCAGUUGUAUAAUGCGCCGUUACCCAAUUGGCUGUUCUUCGAUUCUGGCGAGUUGAAGUUUACUGGGACGGCACCGGUGAUAAACUCGGCGAUUGCUCCAGAAACAAGCUACAGUUUUGUCAUCAUCGCUACAGACAUUGAAGGAUUUUCUGCCGUUGAGGUAGAAUUCGAAUUAGUCAUCGGGGCUCACCAGUUAACUACCUCUAUUCAAAAUAGUUUGAUAAUCAACGUUACUGACACAGGUAACGUUUCAUAUGACUUACCUCUAAACUAUGUUUAUCUCGAUGACGAUCCUAUUUCUUCUGAUAAAUUGGGUUCUAUAAACUUAUUGGAUGCUCCAGACUGGGUGGCAUUAGAUAAUGCUACCAUUUCCGGGUCUGUCCCAGAUGAAUUACUCGGUAAGAACUCCAAUCCUGCCAAUUUUUCUGUGUCCAUUUAUGAUACUUAUGGUGAUGUGAUUUAUUUCAACUUCGAAGUUGUCUCCACAACGGAUUUGUUUGCCAUUAGUUCUCUUCCCAAUAUUAACGCUACAAGGGGUGAAUGGUUCUCCUACUAUUUUUUGCCUUCUCAGUUUACAGACUACGUGAAUACAAACGUUUCAUUAGAGUUUACUAAUUCAAGCCAAGACCAUGACUGGGUGAAAUUCCAAUCAUCUAAUUUAACAUUAGCUGGAGAAGUGCCCAAGAAUUUCGACAAGCUUUCAUUAGGUUUGAAAGCGAACCAAGGUUCACAAUCUCAAGAGCUAUAUUUUAACAUCAUUGGCAUGGAUUCAAAGAUAACUCACUCAAACCACAGUGCGAAUGCAACGUCCACAAGAAGUUCUCACCACUCCACCUCAACAAGUUCUUACACAUCUUCUACUUACACUGCAAAAAUUUCUUCUACCUCCGCUGCUGCUACUUCUUCUGCUCCAGCAGCGCUGCCAGCAGCCAAUAAAACUUCAUCUCACAAUAAAAAAGCAGUAGCAAUUGCGUGCGGUGUUGCUAUCCCAUUAGGCGUUAUCCUAGUAGCUCUCAUUUGCUUCCUAAUAUUCUGGAGACGCAGAAGGGAAAAUCCAGACGAUGAAAACUUACCGCAUGCUAUUAGUGGACCUGAUUUGAAUAAUCCUGCAAAUAAACCAAAUCAAGAAAACGCUACACCUUUGAACAACCCCUUUGAUGAUGAUGCUUCCUCGUACGAUGAUACUUCAAUAGCAAGAAGAUUGGCUGCUUUGAACACUUUGAAAUUGGAUAACCACUCUGCCACUGAAUCUGAUAUUUCCAGCGUGGAUGAAAAGAGAGAUUCUCUAUCAGGUAUGAAUACAUACAAUGAUCAGUUCCAAUCCCAAAGUAAAGAAGAAUUAUUAGCAAAACCCCCAGUACAGCCUCCAGAGAGCCCGUUCUUUGACCCACAGAAUAGGUCUUCUUCUGUGUAUAUGGAUAGUGAACCAGCAGUAAAUAAAUCCUGGCGAUAUACUGGCAACCUGUCACCAGUCUCUGAUAUUGUCAGAGACAGUUACGGAUCACAAAAAACUGUUGAUACAGAAAAACUUUUCGAUUUAGAAGCACCAGAGAAGGAAAAACGUACGUCAAGGGAUGUCACUAUGUCUUCACUGGACCCUUGGAACAGCAAUAUUAGCCCUUCUCCCGUAAGAAAAUCAGUAACACCAUCACCAUAUAACGUAACGAAGCAUCGUAACCGCCACUUACAAAAUAUUCAAGACUCUCAAAGCGGUAAAAACGGAAUCACUCCCACAACAAUGUCAACUUCAUCUUCUGACGAUUUUGUUCCGGUUAAAGAUGGUGAAAAUUUUUGCUGGGUCCAUAGCAUGGAACCAGACAGAAGACCAAGUAAGAAAAGGUUAGUAGAUUUUUCAAAUAAGAGUAAUGUCAAUGUUGGUCAAGUUAAGGACAUUCACGGACGCAUCCCAGAAAUGCUGUGA